CUCUUCCAUUAUUAAUUAAUUAUAAAAGGUAGAUUCUCCCCCAUUAGUUUGAUUGAGGUUGCUUCUACAACGAGAUCUUUUAAUCUUCUGGGAUUCCAAAAACCAUGGCUGCUGAUUCUACAACCAAACUCUGUUUGGUCUCUGUUGUCUUGCUCUUAGGCCUUGUCUCCUCGUCUCUCAACUUGCAGGGAGUUGCAGCAGAGAAUCUUACCAAACAGAAACUGAACUCGAAGAUACUUCAGGAAGAGAUAGUAAAGAAGGUCAACGAACAUCCAAACGCUGGAUGGAAAGCUGCUAUUAAUGAUCGUUUCUCUAACGCAACUGUAGCAGAGUUUAAGCGUCUCCUUGGUGUUAAACCAACACCUAAGAAGUUACUCUUAGGUGUUCCUGUUGUAAGCCAUGAUCAGUCUCUGAAGUUACCUAAAUCAUUCGAUGCUAGAAACGCUUGGCCUCAGUGCACCAGUAUUGGAAACAUCUUAGGUUUGGUCUUUUCAAAACACUUUAGUGUUUCAGUUUGCAUUUUUGUUUAUGGGUUACUAAAUAUUGAUCUUGUGUGUGUGUUGGUUGACUCCCUUCUCUUAACAGAUCAGGGACAUUGUGGCUCUUGCUGGGCCUUUGGUGCUGUUGAAUCACUAUCUGAUAGAUUCUGUAUCCAAUUUGGAAUGAACAUUACUUUAUCAGUAAAUGACCUCUUAGCAUGUUGUGGUUUCCGUUGUGGUGAUGGUUGUGACGGUGGCUACCCAAUUGCUGCUUGGCAAUACUUUUCCUACAGUGGUGUUGUCACUGAAGAGUGUGAUCCAUACUUUGAUCAAACCGGAUGCUCUCACCCUGGUUGUGAACCUGCAUAUCCUACACCGACAUGCAUGAGGAAAUGCGUUAGUGGAAACCAGUUAUGGGGUGAAUCAAAACAUUACAGUGUUAGUACAUACGUUGUCAAGUCUAAUCCACUAGACAUCAUGGCUGAGAUCUACAAGAAUGGACCUGUUGAAGUCUCUUUCACAGUUUAUGAGGAUUUUGCUCAUUACAAAUCUGGAGUGUAUAAGCACAUAACAGGUUCCGACAUUGGUGGUCAUGCUGUUAAGCUUAUUGGUUGGGGAACUACUGAUGAUGGAGAAGAUUAUUGGUUGUUGGCAAAUCAAUGGAACAGAAGCUGGGGUGAUGAUGGUUAUUUCAUGAUUAGGAGAGGAACAAAUGAAUGUGGAAUUGAAGAUGAACCAGUGGGUGGUUUGCCUUCAACCAAGAAUGUGUUCAAGGUUACAACCGGUUCAGAUGAGAUUUCUGUUGCGUCGGUUUAAGAUAAGAGAUGGAGAAGUUCGUCUCUGUAAGAUAUACUAUGUUACUGUGUUGUGGUUUGUUGUUGUUGUUUCCGGUAAAAGGUUCCGGUGACCGGAACUUGUUCGCCGUGAAAAUGUUAUAGACAUUAAAUAAUUCAACCCAAGAAGAAUUAUAAUAUGGUGAAUUUGCUUC